AUGGAUGAUUCAAGCUUGUCCAGCCCUGUGGAUGUAGACAAAGGCUUUGCCAUUGCCUUUGUUGUUCUUCUGUUUCUUUUCCUAAUAGUGAUGAUUUUUCGCUGUGUUAAGUUGGUGAAGAAUCCCUAUGAGGCCAGUUUCCCAACCACAGAACCAUCUUUGAGCUGA